AUAAAUGUAAAUUAGGCUACUAUUGAAAAAAAUCUUCAAAGUAGAUUAUGGCACCAGUAUGGCAAUUUAUUUAAAAAAUGCGUAAGUUUUAUUUUACAUUUUGAAGCGACUUGUUUAAACAAGGCACUAAUAUGCAAGGCUUUUUUAAAAGUGAAACUUCUCUGUGUCGCGGUCUGAAUGAGGUUGGUUGAGCGCUGUCCACGAGCUGUGGUGCUGAAUUGAUACCAUUUUCCCAGUGGAGUGCUGUUAAAAGCCACGCUUUACAUUAACACAUACACCCAAACAAAAUUAAUUUCCCAUAAUGAUGUCUGUCUGAAAGACCACGGUGUUUUUUAUUCAUCUGGAAUAAUGUUUCAGACACUGAAAACGGAAUGAUGCGCUCUUAGAGCAGCCGGAGCUGGAUGUUGAGUCAGUCGGACCUGCGGACUCUCAGCUGAUUGGCUGAAGAUGGAUGACAUCAGUAAAGUCCGCUGCCUCAGACGCGCGCUAAACUCCUGGAAAGAGAUCAGAGCGUCUCGCGCAUCUGGCGGAUUGUAAAGCGACUCGAGCAAGAGAGAAACGUUUGCGCUUCCGCUCGAGGUGCGUUAGGUGAGCAGCCAGUCGCGAUGUUGAGUGUCUUCAUAAGCGACAGCCGCGUGUAUCAGAAGCGCAUGAUGAUGUGAAAAACAAAGUCUCAACAUGAGGACCUUUAAAUGAUCUUAAGGAAAAGAAAAACUUGAAGGAGAGAUAGAGGGAGGAUUCUUUCUGAUUUUGUUCUUCUGGCUGGCUGAGUAUUAUUAAAAUCAUGCAACAUGAAUGUAACUAACAGCACUGGAGCAGAGGGACUCGCGCCCUGGUACUUUAACGGCUCAUUGAGCAACGGGUCCAGUGAUGGCAACCUCAGCUGUGACAGCAGCAGUGCUAAUGGCUCAUGUCCAGCGUCUGAGACAGAUGCCAAUAGCCCGUAUAAGACGUUGGAGAUGGUAUUCAUUGCACUGGUUACAGGAUCCCUCAGUUUUGUCACCGUUGUGGGCAACAUCCUUGUCAUGCUUUCAAUUAAGGUCAAUCGGCACCUGCAGACCGUCAACAACUACUUCCUGUUCAGCCUGGCAUGUGCGGAUCUCAUUAUUGGCGCUUUCUCCAUGAACCUUUACACCGUCUACAUCAUCAGAGGUUAUUGGCCGCUCGGUCCCGUAGUGUGCGACCUAUGGCUAGCGUUGGAUUACGUGGUCAGCAACGCCUCUGUAAUGAACCUGCUAAUCAUCAGCUUCGACCGUUACUUCUGUGUGACCAAACCCCUUAGUUAUCCCACACGCCGAACCACCAAGAUGGCAGGGCUUAUGAUCGCUUCCGCCUGGAUCCUGUCGUUUAUCCUCUGGGCUCCUGCUAUCCUGUUCUGGCAGUUCAUUGUCGGAGAACGGACUGUGGAACCAGGCGAAUGCUACAUCCAGUUCCUUUCCAACCCCGCGGUCACUUUCGGCACAGCUAUCGCUGCUUUCUACCUGCCGGUGGUCAUCAUGACGGUGCUGUACGUGCACAUCUCUUUGGCCAGUCGCAGCCGUGUGUCCAAGCAGAAGCCCGAAGCCAAAAAGGAGAAGAAAGCGCAAAAGUCGAGCGGUCUGCUCAAGAGUCACAUCUUAAAGCAGAACAACAACAACCAGUCUCCUCCCAAGCCCAGCUUGGAUACAUGUUCAACCGUAGACACCAUGAAGAACGGAAAACUAGACGAGUCUGUGAUAUCUACAAAGGCCGACUCCUGCGUGCAGCCCGAGGAGAAAGAGAGCUCCAAUGACUCCAGCACUGCCAGCAUAGCACCUAAAGAGCCCAAAGAGAGGGCUAACAGCGAGGCUAUAUCAGAGGCUGGUCUGACACCUGCACCGGCACCUGUGCCUAAAGCCAACCCUCAGUCAAGAUGGUCCAAGAUCAAGAUCGUCACCAAGCAGGCAGGAGAUGAGUGCAUCACAGCCAUCGAGAUCGUCCCACCGAACAGUUCUGGCGAGAGACGGUCCAUCCCUGUGAGCCGUCCCCGUACGGUAGCGCGGAAGUUCGCUAGCAUCGCCCGCAGCCAGGUGAAGAGGAAAAGGCAGAUGGCGGCGCGAGAGAAGAAAGUGACAAAGACGAUCUUUGCCAUUUUGCUGGCCUUUAUUAUAACGUGGACGCCGUACAAUGUGAUGGUCUUAAUCAGCACAUUCUGCCAGUCUUGUGUUCCAGACACGGUCUGGGCCAUUGGCUAUUGGCUCUGUUAUGUCAAUAGUACCAUCAACCCUGCUUGCUAUGCACUUUGUAAUGCCACCUUCAAAAAGACAUUCAAAAACCUUCUGAUGUGCCAGUAUAAGAACAUUGGUACCAGAUGAGCUGAGAGCAGAUGCCAGCAGUGUCAUAAUAUGGAUGUGGAGGCUGUUCUGGUCCUUAUAGUAUCUUUGGAAGGUACUGUGCAGCACAUUGUGUGGCUUUAUCAUCUAAUAAUGCUAAACAAUGUGCUGCACAAAACCCAAACUACCGCAUAAUGUAUUGAGGAAUAAGUGUUUACAAGAUGGAGAUUAUGGAGUUGAAGCUGAGAUCAUAAAACAAUGUUGUGUUAAAUAUUUUUGAAAUAUUGGACCGUUGGAACUGGCUGUAAUGUAAAGAUGUCCGGAUCAGUAUUACAUAUGUUAGAGAGCCAAUCCCAGGAAAGUGCAGUGAGGAUUAAAGAGUAAAUACUUAAAAGAGACUAUAGAUUUGAUUAUUUAUUUAUUUAUUCUUGAUCUCUCCACUAUAGCACAAAUGCAGUCUAGUAAGUAUUAAUAUUUUCUGACACAGAGUUGUGUAGGAGGAUUAUGAUCUCUGAAAUGAUCAUGUAGAGGAGAAUAUCAAACCUCACAGUUGUGAUUAAGUAAAUAUCACAGCUGAAAGACAUGAAAUAUGAAGUAUCUUCCAGUUUAUCUGUCCCUAAAAGCACUGAGCUCUUGAGUGAGUUAACAUUUCAUAGAUCUGCACUUUCCAUAUAAAAUGCAAAAUAAUGAAACUCUGAAAGACUGAAGUUGCUUGCUGACCAUAACAGCUGUUUACAUUCAUGUCUUGGAGAAGUCUUCAUUAUCCUCUUAUCGGGAUCUUCUUGAGGUUUUGGAAUAGGUGAAAUGCCAAAAGAUCCUCCUUAAUGGAUUAGGAUAUGCAUUAUGGACUUGAUAGGUUGAGGCACUAUACUGAGCUAUGAGGGGGUUGACCUUACAGACGUGUGUAAAUAUGUUUAGUUUACAGUAUGAGUAUAUGCUCUUGAAAGUAUUUUUUCUUCCCUGCAUUGAAUGUCUUGAUGUUUGUGUUCCUCUUGUAUUUACUUGGUGAUCUACAUGUGAAUUUUACAAAUUAAAUAUUUAAAUGUAUUGCUGUCUGUAUGCAAAACUGUUGAAAUCAUUUAUAAAUUGUGAUAUAGUUGGAAAAACUAGGAGAUAACUUGUACAUUUAUUUAAAGUAUUUAUAAGAUGAUCAAUUUGAGGAACACAUCGAACUGUCAAGAAAUGCUGUAUGAGAAAUGCAAAAUUGGUUUUAUAUAUUUACACAAACACUUUCUGCAUAUAUUCUCUUCAUAUUAUUAUUUUUAUUUGCUCAUGGUGCAAUACAGUUAAGUUUUGCUUGUUUUUAUUAUACAGUUUGUAAUUGAUGAAACGGGACUAUUCAAAGUCAUGAAGGAAUUUUUGUCUCAGACUGAUUCGACAGAUUUGUAUUGCUCAGAAUAAGCAAAAUGUUUCAGAAACUUGUUUAGGGCUUGUUACCAAUACGCUGUUUCAGCAACUACAGACUGUACUUGAAAGCAUUAAACCAAAGAGGUUGUGGUGCUGUGAUUUGUUAUUAAGCCUGGUCAGGUCGUGAGAAUAUUCAUUCAUCAAGAAAAGAUCAUUAGCAUCAUUUUAAAGCGCACACUUGCUUUUCUUCAUGUUACUACCUCAUUAUCAAAUUUUCAUUCAUAAUGCUUGCAUUGCCAAUCCAGAGUGUUAAAAACAGAUUAAGUGAUGAUUAUUUCAUUGCAAAAGAAUCUAAUAACAGAUUUCUAUUUUGCAAUGCUAUAACCAGUUGCUUCUAGUCUUUAUCUGAGAUGAAAUGUUGACUGUUGUACGGAAAAAAAUUAUUCAUUCAAUUUACUUAAUUUUUUAAGGUAAGUGGUUGCAAUCAAUUUAUUUAAGCUGCAUUUAAACAAAAAAAUAAGAAAAAUUAAACUUUUUUUUUGUUUAAAUGUGGCUUACAUAAAUUAAUUUGCAACCACUUACUUUAAAAAUUGAGUAAAUUGAAUGAGUCAUUUUUUCAGUGUAGUUCCCAGUCUAUAUCAGAGUCAAUGCCUGUCCAGUAAAAUUCAAUGAACUUAAGCAAUGGAAAUGUAUUCGCAGAGCUUUAUGAAAUCUUUUGUGAUCAUCCUAAAGCAAUUAAAUCAUCAAUCUGAUCUUUAUAAACCCUUUGUAAAUCUGAAAAAGAAAAUAUUUGUUAUUGAUGUUUGCUAGUUGACAAAAAUGAUAUACAGUACUGUGCAAAAGUCUUCGCUAAACACCAAAUUCUGUAUUUUUUUGUAUCUUUAUAAGAAUACAACCAGAAAACUGUUUAAAGCUUUUAUAACCGGUUAUAUAUAAGUGGCAUUUGCACUUGAUCAAUAGCAGAACACUGCAGGCUCUUUUUAUUCUAAUCUAAUGACUUCAUGACUGCUAAGGGUGGUCACAGUAAAUUAAAACCCAAGCACAUAUUUCUGUUUUUUUUUCUGUUUGUAUCUUAAUAAAAAAUAAAUAUGGAUGAUCAUUAAAACUUUAAUAAAAUAACAAAGCUGGUGGUAGCUUUUGCACAGCACUGUAUUUCCUGGUCUUUUUUAAUAAACGGGCUAAAAUUCCAUUUGAAAUGUCUACAAAAUGUUGAUUAUACGGGGAUUCAUGAACAGAUCCCCUAUACUCAAGGUCAGUACUAGCUGAAUGGCAAAAUAAACUCUUGAUACCCCACUGAAGCUGAUAGAAUGAAUAUACUGUAAUUAUGAACGUCUCUACCACUGCCCUUAAAGAACCAAUGUACAUACAAGUGUAUGGUUCUUUUUUUCUAUUGCAUCAAACUUAAUAAAGAUCUUGAGCUCACUGA